CCGCCCGCGGGCCGCCGGGCGAGGAGGAGGGAGGAGGGAGGAGGUGGAGACGGCGCUCAGCUUGGCUGCCGGCCGCGAGCGGGCGGCGUGGGGUCGCUGGCCCGUGGGGACGGGGACGCCCGAUCUCCGAGCUCCGCGGACCCCUCGGCCCCGACACCGCCCCUCCCAGCGCCGCCCUCCCUGCGCCGACGCCGGCGGCUGGGCGAGGCCCCGCACUCCCUCCCGCGCCCGGCUCGCCACCCUGCGGAGCCGGCGGCCCGGCCCCAGCGCCCUCGCGCCCCGCGCCCGCGGCCAUGGCCGGUAACGUGAAGAAGAACGCGGGGCCCGGGGGCGGCGGCGGCUCCGGGGGCUCGGGCGCGGGCGGCCUGAUCGGGCUCAUGAAGGACGCCUUCCAGCCGCACCACCACCACCACCUCGGCCCCCACCCGCCGGGCGCCGUGGACAAGAAGAUGGUGGAGAAGUGCUGGAAGCUCAUGGACAAGGUGGUGCGGCUGUGUCAGAACCCAAAGCUGGCGCUAAAGAACAGCCCGCCUUACAUCCUAGACCUGCUGCCAGACACCUACCAGCACCUGCGCACGGUCCUGUCAAGAUAUGAGGGGAAGAUGGAGACACUUGGAGAAAAUGAGUAUUUUAGGGUGUUCAUGGAGAAUUUGAUGAAGAAAACUAAGCAGACCAUAAGCCUCUUCAAGGAGGGUAAAGAAAGAAUGUAUGAGGAGAAUUCUCAGCCUAGGCGAAACCUGACCAAACUGUCCCUAAUCUUCAGCCACAUGCUGGCUGAACUGAAGGGCAUCUUCCCCAGCGGACUGUUCCAGGGCGACGCGUUCCGCAUCACCAAGGCGGACGCCGCUGAGUUCUGGAGGAAAGCCUUCGGGGAAAAGACGAUAGUCCCUUGGAAGAGCUUCCGACAGGCCCUCCAUGACGUGCACCCCAUCAGUUCCGGGCUGGAGGCCAUGGCUCUGAAGUCCACUAUCGAUCUGACCUGCAAUGAUUAUAUUUCAGUUUUUGAAUUUGACAUCUUUACACGGCUCUUUCAGCCCUGGUCCUCUCUGCUCAGGAACUGGAACAGUCUCGCUGUGACUCACCCUGGUUACAUGGCUUUCCUGACGUAUGAUGAAGUAAAAGCUCGGCUCCAGAAAUUCAUUCACAAACCUGGCAGUUACAUAUUCCGGCUGAGCUGUACUCGUCUGGGUCAGUGGGCUAUUGGGUAUGUCACUGCUGAUGGGAACAUUCUCCAGACAAUUCCUCACAACAAGCCUCUCUUCCAAGCACUGAUUGAUGGCUUCCGGGAAGGCUUCUAUUUGUUUCCUGAUGGACGGAAUCAGAAUCCCGACCUGACAGGCUUGUGUGAGCCGACGCCCCAAGACCACAUCAAAGUGACUCAGGAACAAUAUGAAUUAUACUGUGAGAUGGGCUCCACAUUCCAACUGUGUAAAAUAUGUGCCGAGAAUGAUAAGGAUGUGAAGAUCGAGCCCUGUGGACACCUCAUGUGCACGUCCUGUCUUACGUCCUGGCAGGAAUCAGAAGGCCAGGGCUGUCCUUUCUGCCGAUGUGAAAUUAAAGGUACGGAGCCCAUUGUGGUAGAUCCGUUUGAUCCGAGAGGAAGUGGCAGCCUAUUGAGGCAAGGAGCAGAGGGAGCUUCUUCCCCAAAUUAUGAUGAUGAUGAUGAUGAACGAGCUGAUGAUUCUCUCUUUAUGAUGAAGGAAUUAGCUGGUGCCAAGGUGGAGCGGCCCCCCUCUCCGUUCUCCGCGGCUCCACAGGCGCCCCUGCCUCCGGUGCCGCCCCGACUGGACUUGCUGCAGCAGCGCUUGCCCGGCCCUGUGGGCGCUGGCCUGGGAGCGGCUCCUAAGGCCGCCGGCGCCCUGCAUAAGGACAAGCCCUUGCCAGCGCCCCCCACCCUGAGAGACCUGCCGCCACCGCCCCCUCCCGACCGGCCUUACUCCGGGGGGGCGGAGGCCCGGCCACAGAGGCGCCCCUUGCCCUGUACUCCCGGCGACUCUCCGUCCAGGGACAAACUGCCCCCCGUCCCCUCCAGCCGCCUUGGGGAGUCCUGGCUGCCUAGGCCAGUCCCCAGAGUGCCUGUUGUCACCCCGAGCCCUGGGGAACCCUGGGCAGGACGGGAGUUGACCAACCGGCACUCCCUGCCCUUCUCGUUGCCCUCCCAAAUGGAGCCCAGAGCAGCAGAGGGGCCUUGGCCUGGGAGCGCCUUCAGUCCGGAUGCCUCCGUGAAUAUGAAUAGCAGCCCAUUAGCAGGUCCAGAGUGUGAGCACCCCAAAAUCAAACCUUCUGCAUCGGCCAAUGCCAUUUAUUCCCUGGCUGCCAGGCCUCUUCCUGUGCCCACGCUGUUGCCCGGGGCGCAGCGUGAGAGCGAGGAGGACGCCGAGUACAUGACUCCCUCCUCGAGGCCCCUGGGCCUUCAGACGCCGGAGGGGAAGCAGCCCUUCGAGACCGCCCCGAGCCUACGAGCGGGUGGCGGCGACCAGCAGGCGGACGGCAGCACCUAUGAAGCCAUGUACACCCUGCAGCCCCCGGGGGCACCGGCCGGCGCAGAGGGCAGCUCUGCCGGUGAAGGGAACGUGGCUGCAGCCCCUGCCGGCGUUGGCCCCGAGGAAUGGGACAACGAAGAUGAGGGCUACGACGUCCCUAGGCCGCCCAUGCCCGCAGCGCUGGCCCGCCGGACGCUCUCCGACAUCUCAGACGCCAGCUCCUCCUUCGGCUGGUUGUCUCUGGAAGGUGGCCCCGCAGACUCCGCGGAGGGUUCCCCAGUUCCCGAGAGACCUCCCAAGCCGUUCCCUCGGAGAAUCAACUCUGAGCGGAAGGCAGGGCCGGGCCAUCCAGGUGCCACCGUGGCCCCCUCGCCCCGGCUCUCCAGCGAAAUCGAGAGCCUCCUGAGCCAGGGCUACUCCCACCAGGACAUCCAGAAAGCCCUGCUCAUCGCGCACAACAACAUCGACAUGGCCAAGAACAUCCUCCGCGAGUUCGUGUCCAUCUCUUCUCCCACCCACGUGGCCACCUAGCGCCCCUCCACCUGCGCUGGCGAGGAAGUGGCUGGGCGCCUCCCGGGGCCUGGGCAGGGCUCCUGGAGAUUUCGCAGUGAGGCCAGCCCUGCCGUGGCAUCUCUGUGGCUAGGAUUUCGAAGCGGUGGGUGAAAAUGGAGCGGCUGGUGGUGGUGUAUUGGUUGGGGGAGUGCGUUAGAAGGCUCUCAGCCCCACCUGGAGCGAGUGGGGAUUUUUAUAAAACAAGUAGCCCGCCCGCCCGCCCGCCCACCUGGGAGCGACCCGAGAGCAGUGACAGGCAGGGCGCUACGCUCAGUCGAGUGGAAGACUUGGGGCUUUCCUGGGCUAAGACUGUGGUUGUGUACGUCUGUCUGUGGCGUGUGUCUGUGAUUGUAAGACGAACCUGCUGUCUCUGUUAAUCCCAGGCAGGGGAAAUCAGCACAAAGGGUUUCAGAAGGAACCGUGUUAAAACUUCCCUACGCUGUGGUACCCCCCAGCCCCAGCGUGUGCCCAGCCUCAGCACUCCCUGGCGGGGCCGCACACACAGCUUACCUGUGUUUUAGGAGCCCCUCCCCCCGCCCCCCCUCCCCCCGCCUCCCCGCCUCCUCUCCCUCCGCUUGCUCACAGGAGGCUUCUUAGUGCGCGUGUGGUGCCGGUUGGUGUGGAGCCGUGGGAAGGAUGCUGUCAUUGCAGUCACUGGAUCCGAGUAGUGGACAUGUCGCUCCAAGCGUCGUUUCUAUGGGAACAUCCAUCGACUGUCAAUCAGGCGUCUCAGUGACCGUGACUGCAGAAGGCUGCCUUGUGGGCGAGGCCUCCCGGACAUGAGUCGGGGCGCGGCCCUGUGCGGGUGGGUGUGCGUCUGCUGUGGGCAGGCGUGUUUACGCCGCGCGGCGGGGAAGCGUUGGUCCUCAGUGGGCUUCCGGCUGAUGCCCUGAAGCUAAGCCUCCGCACGUGCUCUUGACCUUGUUGUCCAUAAAAUGCACAAAACAGACCAUUGGGAGCCAUUUCAGUUUUUCUUCCCAGUGAAUUAAUCCAGCUCAUGUGGGCGUCUCCCUUGCCCGUCAGCCUGGCUGUGUUUCCCAAAGUGAUUGUUUUCUUUGCCCUUGGGUGUGGGUGCCAGCCAGGUGGUGGCACAGCCUUGCUGGCGUGAGCUCCCGUCCUGUGCCCGGCAGCUGGUUUUCUCUGGUGCCUGUGGUUUGGGGAAGGCAGGCCGCGCGCUGACGCCUGUGCCCGCAGGGACUAGACGGCGGCGCAGGGCGCAGAUCCACCGGGUGGAGCCCGAGCUGCUGGGUGCCACCCAGGGCCCUCGGGUCCCGCCUCCGCCCAGCCCCUCCCCCUGCCCCGCCUAGCCCCUCCCCCGAAGCGCCCACCGCCUGGUGCCACCCUCUGGGAGGCUCAGGGAGCUCCUGGCAGAAACGACUCUCCCUAGAGCCCACCCAUCUCGUCAUCUCUGCAGCUGAACUUCUGACUCUUCCCUCGCCUCUCGGCUCCUCGCAGACCUGUGGUCCUACCUCUCGCCGAGAGCCGCUCAGGGCCUCCUCCGCGGGGCACUCAGCUCGCCCCGUUUGGGUCCUCAGGGGGGCUGGGAGGGGGACGCGGCAGCGAUAGGGACAGUGACGGCGCCGCCUGCCAGCGCCAGGACAGGCUCUCAUUGUGGCGACGCCGACGUGUGUUUGGCUGCGAUGUUGGAGCACGUGGCUCAGGGCCCAGCCUCUCCUGCACGUCCUGGGGGGCGAAGGACGGCCCGCUCCUCCCGGGGGCACUGGUGCGGCCCGGGCCCUCCUGCCUGGCCUGUGGGCCUGGUGCGGAGCAGGCCCCACGGCCGGUGGUUGGUGGCCGUAGCUGUGUCUGCGCCUCCAGGGUUCAGAGCGCCCUGCCAGGGUCUGUCCUGGGCGGCGCCCUGAGGUCAGGCCUGGAGGCUCCCGGGCUCUGCCGAGUGGGAAGCCCUCGCAUCUGCUCGGAGGCCCUAGUCACUCCUUCCUCAAACGAGGUUUGGGUGGCAGGUUUGAGUUCUUUGGCUCUGCUGGGAGUCCGGCUACAAUCCCCCUGCACGGCCGCUUUAUUUGGAGUCUGCGUGUCUGGCAAAUCCUCUCUUCCCUGUCAGGUGGCCCAGGGGCACUGCGCCUCCGUGGUCCCUUUCCUGACCUGCGUGGGGCUAUUCUGUUUACCCACCUCCUGCUUCUUAUUUGUAUUUUUUUAAUAUAUCCUCCCCCUCAGGUAAGUUUUUAUUUAUUUUUAGAGAGAAAGGAAGGGAGAGGGAGAGAGAGGAGGGAGAGAGAAACGACUGGUUGCCUCCCGUACGCACCCCGACCGUGGAUCGAACCUGCCACUGAUGGGUGUGCAGGACGACACUGACCCACUGAGCCCCCGGCAGGCCCCUGGGUUGCUUUAGUAGCCCACCGGCCACCUUAGCCAGCGGCGGCUUUGUGGUGCUUGCAGCCAUCUGCCCGCCAUCUCUCGCUGACGCUCCCCAAGUGGGAGAAACGGCCGUGGGAUGUUCCUCCCUGUAGGUAAGUAACAGACUGGGCAGCUGUGUUCCGGGCAUGUAUCUGUGUUCUUUCUGUAACUAGCGGACGGCCACUCUCCCAGCCUCUCCCUCGGGCCUCUCUCCCUCCCGCCCUCUCUCCCCCACUCGCCCUCUCCCUGGGACCUCUCUCCCCCAUCCGCCCUCCCCCUCAGCCCUCUCUCCCCCAUCCACCCUCCCCCUCUCCCUCUCUUCCCCACCCACCCUCUCCCCCGGCCCUGCUUCCCUGUCUCCUUGCACAGACGCCAGGUGCGUUGUCUGGUUUGUGGAUAACAUUUGGGGGGCGGGGGGGGGGGGGGCGUGCUAUUCUUCAUACUUGAAGUAUUUAUUUCUUCUAUAGAAAAGUGAGAUAUUUUAUGGUCCAAACAGCAAACUUACAAAUGAAUUUUUGUAAAUUUGCUUGCAAAGUAGGGACCCAGCUGUAUGUUCCCUUCACAGCACUGUUAACAAGACCUAGGCCUUCCCUUCCUUUUUACUGAGGUGUCAUUGACAUUAUAACAUUCUCUCAUAAUGAGUUUGAGGUGUUUUGUAUGCCCCAUGGCCAGUUGUUGUCCAUAAAAUGCACAAAACAGACAGUUGGGACCUAUUUGUUCAGUUUUCCUUCCCAGUGAUUGCUUCCAGCGUAUCUGGGCGACCCACAGUCAGCUCGUGAAUCGGUGAGCGGCCAGCGCCACACGCGGUCACCAGGCUCUUCCUUUCCCUGAGCUGAGAGCUCUGAAGAGGCGCCUCUCCCUGGGACCUCUCUCCCGCCUGCUAUAGGCUCACACAGGACCCGGUGCCCCUCCCUGUGGGGUGUGGCCCCGGCCUCACAGGCGGACAGCAGGGGUUCCAGGCUUCCCCUUGUUGCCCAGGGAUACGUUUCCCAACCAGGGCCCUGGCUGCUCAAGUGUCCACUCAGCAGCUGAGAGUGACCCAAGCCAGGUGUCAGCCUGUGUUCUCCUGCCGCCGCGUGGUGAGGCACUGAUGGGGGUGGUCCUCGGGCUCCUCGCCGCUUGCAUGUGGCCCUAAAAUAGCCCUUCCCAGGACGCAGUGCGGUGUGCCCUCUCCAUUGCUCCCCAUUGUCUCCCGAGCCUCGGUCCUGUCUGGGAGGGCCCCCAGUGGGAGUCAUGGACCCCUGUGAGUGUCAUGGAGGCGGAGCCUGGUGGGUGGAGGUGUGUUGGCUCGGAGGGCUCGUCGGGCAGAGUGUGCAGCGCGCCCGCCGCUCCCUUCCAGCCCCGGGCCUGCCUGCGUCUUCUCCUCGUGGGGAAGUUUCCCUGUCAGCCUUCUGGGCCCUGUCACGUCUCCCAUUCUCUUUGGAACUUGUUUUUAAUCCCUCACAGCCUGUGCAGCUAACUGCCCUAGCGGACCAACGGGGACAUGGGAGGGGAGGGUGUGUCUCUGGGUCCUGACCUGCCCCAGGUGUGUGGUCUCCCUGGAGCCGCAGGGGAAUGGACUGAACUCAGUCCUCAAAGGUGUCAGCCUGUGUCUCGAGAGGGGGGAGCCGAGCACUCAGGGCCUGGAACUUAGCACCACCAUCAGGGCUCCCUCCCCGGGCCUUCCCUCUGGGCCAGCCCUGGCCUCUGUGCACGGGAGCGGGGUCUUUAGAACCACAUGGGGGGGGGUGCAUCUCUGACGAUCCUGCUUGGGAAUCACAGGAGUCGGGGUGAAGGCAGGAGGGAGUUCAAGGAUGCGGGGUGCUUCCCAGAGCCGGGGGAGGAGUCCAGCUGACCCCUGCCUGGAGCUGGAGCUGGCCGCCUGCACCUCGGCCUUUGUCCUGCCUGGCAGUCUGCUUAUUGGGUGAUGGGCCCCAUAGACGCUCCGUGCUCUGCCCACGUGGCCUCCCAGCCCGAGAGCCUGGUGGACAGGUUCCAGUGCCUCUCGGUUCAUAGUCUCAAGAAAGAAAAUGCUCCCAGCAUCCUGAUGGGUGUCCACCCCAGCCCGUCCGCCUCGCCCCCCCCGCAGCGCUCCCUCGGGACGGGGAGUUCCCCGAGGGGUGCAGGUGGAGAGCUGCUCUCACACUGCCUCCCAGAGAGGGCGGCUGUGGGCUGUGCCUGGAGGUUCCUAGGUUAACGCAUGCAGGUUGCUGUCUGUCCGUUUUCUGUUUUCCUUCCCUUUGUGGUCUUGGGUUCAGGGUUUCUUGCCUCCCCCGUUAGGACGCGUUCCUCCUGUCUCGGAGCUGGUCUGUCUGGCGCAGUCUCAGGAUGCUCAGCCUCCUUCACGUUGUUUAGAGUGUGUGUCAGAUCUCGCUGCGGUCACCGCACUGAAAUGGGUUCGUCCUGCAGCCGUGUCCCUGCCGCCCUCCUCCUUGCCCUCAGGGUCCCUCCUGGGGAAUGCGGUGGGAAACCCUCUGCAGCCGCAUGGGAGCUGUCAGGUCGUUACAUCACAGUCCAGGGAGGACGGAGGCACUGGGAGCUCCACAGGGCCCGCCCGCCGUCCACCAGCUGCUGCAGCAGAGGCUGAUGGGAGCCCUCACGUGGUCAGUUUCACAAGCUGCUUGUACUUGCCUGAGUCUUUGACCUUAUUCCUCUCGUCCUAGAGCCUGUCCUGUGUCUUAGCCUUUCGCAGUCACACCAUUGGAGCCGCUAGGUGUCUGCAGAAGGAACCUAAUGGCCCAAGAUGAGCUCUGAGGCCCCGGGAGGGCCGGCUGUCAGGCCCCCCUGAGCUCCAGCCUGGGAGGGGGCAGCACCCUCACCGACCCAGGAAGGCGGUUUCACUGGGGUGACUGCAUGUGUCCUGGUUCUGGGCGACAGCACAGGAGUAAGGUGGGAGUGGGGUGUGCGGUGCUGCAUGGGGCUCGGUCAGGUGGAAGGGCUGCCCUUGUCCGGUGCCUGAGACAGAUGUUCCCCCUCUGCCUGUUUGUCUCUCCACCCUCACAUCUGCCGGCUCAGCAGCUGAACAGGUCCGCAGAGUUCUGAUUGCCCGGCCUGAUUGUUGACUCAGAACCAACAAUCACCAUGAGAGGCGCCUCCACACUGCCUCUGGCAGGCCCUCCUGCCGGAACCAGCUGGGGGCCGGAGGCUGCUCAGCACCCACUGUGGGCCGCUCCUCACCUCUGACCCUGUGGUUUAGAGGGGAGCCACCCUCACCUCUGGAAGCUGAAGAGGCAGAGCUGCUUGUGGGUCAGCAGCCCACAUGCUCUCUGCCGGGGCCUCCUUUGCCGGUGGGGUGAAAAGGCCCGAGGGGUUCCGCCCCCCCCCCCACACACACACCUGCUCUCAGCAUCGGUUAGUGUCUUGGCCGUGACCUGCUGAGCACGUGGCUGGGCCAUGGCAACUAUGAAGUACCUCCUACGCCUGCUUCCUGGCUGGGUGAUUUAGGGUUUUUAACCUUAUAUAUCUUUUCCUUUAUUUAAAACAAAGCAAUUUUUAGCACACUGAAAAAAAAAAAAGCUAAACAUUUUGUGCCUUUCUAAGGCAGCGCUGUAUCCUAGGCUGCAUUUUAGAGCUUAAUAUGGACAUAGCAGCGUCUUUGUUCUGCUCUGAGUGUCCCAGCCCCACAGUCCCGGGGAGGGCAGGGCGCACCGUGGGCGGGAGGCUGGUUCCAUCAGCUCAGCCUCCAUGUGCUCUGGGCAGAGGCAGCCGGGUCAGGCCUCUCCUGGAGGGUGGCUUCUCUUAACCUUUGGUGGAUCCUGACCUGCCUCGACCUCCUGCCACCUCUUCCCCCCACCCCUGUCGGAGCCCUCAGACUCAGAGCAGUAGCAGCGAGUGCCUCUCUGGGGAUCAGCUUCCCCUGGAAGAGGCAGCAGAGCUGUGACCGCAGCCUGUCCUCAGAACUGUGACCGCUAGGCUUCAGGGGGAGGGAAGAAACGUUCGCUCCCCUCCUCCGUGCUUCCUGCCUUUCACUCCAAAGAAGGUGGAGGUGGAAGCAGCUCCAGGCUCCUCAUUUGUGGCUGAGCCUCCGGCCUGGGUGGGGCCGGGCGCUGAGCUCCAGGAGGGAGAGCGCGCUCUGCAUCCGCGUGGGGUUAAACCGACAGCGUCGGCAAGAUCUGUGUUGGCUAUUUUAAAAGUGUCAUUAAUAUAAGAAACUUUAUAUUCGUAGUAUUUAAUCCUUCUCACUUGUAAAGAAUAAGAAAAACAGAAGGUAAAUAUUCCUACAGAGAAUAGCAGAGCUUUAAGAUUUGUUUCUGUUUUAAGUCCAUUUGUUUUGCCAGUGUGUUCAUGUUCAGGUCUGUUAUACUAAUGUUAUUUAUUAAUUUUUUCAUUUAUAUACAGUUAACUAAAGAGCUUUUUCAAGCACCUACGUCUGUAAAGUAUUUUUAAAUAAAGUUUCUUUUGUUGUA